AUGCAAGGUGCAGGUUUAUAUAUAUGUUGCACAGGGAUCUGUUUUUUCUCAUUGAAAUGGAUGCUGACCCAACAGAAAGUCAAUGUGGCCUUAAGAGGAAUAGCAACACAAUCUUCUUUAUUCUCAAAUUCUGUUCCUGCUAACUUGGCUAUUGAUGGCAACAAAGCAUCUUCCUUUACAUCUUACUCAUGUGCUUGUACAGUUUGUGAAAACAGCCCGUGGUGGAGGGUAAAUUUGUUGGCUGUCUAUGAUAUUAGUGAUGUAAUCGUCACUAACAGAGGCGACUGCUGUGCAGAACGGAUACAUGGUGCUGAGAUUCACAUUGGCAACACCCUAGUCAACAAUGGCAACAAUAACCCCAGUUGUGUUGUUAUUUCCAGCAUUGCUGCAGGCACCUCUGCAAACUACACCUGUAAUAUGAGGGGCCGUUACGUAAACAUCAACAUUCCCAAUAUUACCCAGUUUCUUACUCUUUGUGAAGUGGAAGUUUAUGGAGUUCCAGCUCCUGUUAUUAAGAGGGCAUUUUUAAAAGUGAAGUUUAAAAGCAUCGAGGAUCUCAUCAACCCUACCAUUAGGGACAAAGUUCUUCAAAAGAUAAAAUCUGCCAGUGUCCAGUCAAAAGUAUUUCAGGUCACCUGGGCAAAGCCACCAAAACUAGAAACUCAAACUUGA